AUGUUCAUUCUCUAUCUAGUCUCUCGUCUUAAACGGAUUCAUUGUCUCCCUGUCUAUGAAUUCAUUCCUGUUCGCUUUGCCAUUUUUUUUUUUGGGGGGGCUUUUUCCUCUCUUUUUUCUUUCUUUCUUUUUUCUUUCUUUCUUUUUUCUUUCUUUCUUUCUUUUCUUUCUUUGUUUUUUCUUUCUUUCUUUUAUUGUCAAUUUACGUUUCCUUUCCUUUAUACUGCGAUCAUUUUUGUUUUCUUUCUUUUAACGUCUAUUUUUUUCUUUCUUUCGUUCUUUCUGUCUAUUUCUUUCCAUUAUUUCUUUCUUUCUUUGAUUCAUACUAUUUUCAUUCUAUAUUCUUUCUUUCUUUCAUAUAUGCUUUAUUUUAUUCCCUUUUUCUUUCUUGUACACUAUAUUCUUUCUUUUCUCUUCUAUAGUCUACUUCUUUUUCUUUCUUAUUUUUUUCUUACUAUAUACAUUCUUUCUUUCUUUCUUUUAUUGUCUAUUUCUUUUUCUUUCUUUAUUUCUUAUAUUUUUAUGCUAUAUCAUUUCAUUUACUUAUGUUUACUUCUUUCUUUUUUCUUUUCUUUAUUUCUUAUAUUCACUACGUUUUCUUUCUUUUAUCGCAUAUUGUUUUUCUUUCAUUCCUUCUUUUUCUAUUUCUUUUUAUCAUUUAUUCUCUAUAUCUUUCUUUUAUACGAUAUUCAUUCUUUCUCUUUUCUUUCUUUCUUUCUUUCUUUAUUCAUUUAUUCCUUCCUCCAUUAUUUUAUUGCCUAUUUCUUUUAUAACUAUUUCUUUCUUUCUUAUUUCUUUCUGUCUUUCUUUUAUUCUAUAGGCUUUCUUUUUCUUUCUUUUAUUCUCUCGUAUUUCUUUCUUUCUAUAGUAUCCUUUUUCUUUCUUUUAUUUUCUAGUAUUUCUUUCUAUCAUUCUUUCUUUUAUUCUAUAGUUUUUCUUUCUGUCUCUAGUAUUUCUUAUUUUCUUUUAUGCUAUAUAUUUCUUUCUUCUUUCUUUCUUUCUCUUUCACUUUCUUUCUUUCUUUCUCUUUCACUUUCUUUCUUUCUUUCUUUCUCUUUCACUUUCUUUCUUUCUUUCUUUAUAUUACUUAUGCUUUAUUACUUUCUUAACGAUUUUUUCUCUUGUUUCUUUUAUACGAUUUUCUUUUAUUUCUUACAUUUUCUGUCUUUCAUUUUUAUUCUAUAUUCUUUCUUUGUAUACUUGUUUGGACGACCUAGUUCUCUCUCUCUCUCUCUCUCUCUGUCUUUUUCUCUUUCUCUCUCUCUACCUUUCUACACCUUUUCAGUUACUUUCUGUCUCUCUCUCUUUUUCUCGCUCUCUUUCUCACUCUCUCUCUCUCUUUAUCUCUCUCUCUUUCCCUUUCUCUCUUUCUCUCUCUUUAAUACUCAGUUAGCUGCGCUGGAAAGAGUAUUUGAAAGGACACAUUACCCCGACGCCUUCGUCCGGGAAGAACUCGCUCGGCGUGUCAAUCUCAGUGAAGCUCGAGUACAGGUCUGGUUCCAGAAUCGUAGAGCGAAAUUUCGUCGAAAUGAACGGAACUCACUUGCACAGCGGAACAAUCUCUACGGCGGUCACCAUCCGGACAGUUCUACGCCUAUCGAACAACCGAUUACUCCGCGUCCCGCACCAAUGAACACAGAUUAUUUGUCAUGGACCACGCCGCCUUACAACCCUGUGACAACAUCAUCAAGCUGUGCCCUAGUGAACCACACCUAUCCACCACAACACAAUGUUGGUUCCAGUAUUGCCUGUUUACGGCUGAAAGCGCAAGAAUACAACAAUGUUAUGCAACAUCCGGGUUACGGGCCGCCGACUCAGUUACCACAAUAA